AUGUCAUUAGUUUCCUUGCCGUCGUGCCAGUCGGCGUUCGUCAAGAAGACCCUCACGACCCUUCUUCACCUCCGACGUCAAGUCAACGUGUCAAAGCGCAACCUGUUCGCACUCCGCAAGUCCACGGCCUGCCUGCAUGACGAACAUUCUUCGGCGGAUCGCUUAAACGUCUCCAGCUUUUGCCCCUUCGCCGCGAACCGGCAUUGCGACGGGGCGUGGGUGCCUCCAAGGCCCCUUUCUUGGCGUGUCAACCCUUCGCGUCAAGGAACGAAGAUUUCGGUCAAUCAGCCAAUCUUUUCAAGCCAAUUGGGGUUACACGAUGGCCACAGGCCGAGAAUACCUAGCGCGUGGUUUCAUCAUCUCGGCGAGCCACCUCUCCGUGUCCCUCGAAACAACGUCGCCUGCUGUCAGCGCCGUGUAUUCGGUCCUCGCACGUCCGCGGCGGCCCCCCACUGCAAGGACCAUCCCAAGUUCGGUCCCAAGUCGGCGACAGGACUUACUCUCCUUCAAUCUUUGCGCAUUGCGUAG